CUCAGAAACAGGCAGAAAACUGUAGCGAUCGAGAGAGUGAACAUUGAGAGUGCUUUACCUCGUGAUAUUUUGCGCAAAAUUUCGUCAGAAAACUGAGAAUAGAGACAUUCGUCAUCCGAAAAUGGGUUGUACGAAUACUAAAGUUGGACCAGAGCCCGCGGACUCUCGCCAGCGGGCGUGGGUGCGAGGCAAGAUGCACCGCCCGAGUUGGCGUCGGGUGCUCAGUAGGGUUGUGCUGCCGGCAUGCGGCGUGUCCAACAAGGUGGUACCUAUCGGGGUCAUCCCUUAUCAGGAAGAACAGGUUGAGAGGACCGACUUCAACAAACCAACCAACGAGCCACUGGAUGCCCCGGAUGUUGAGGAUGACAUCGCAGACCCGGUUGCGACCGCCCUCGACGAGCAGCCCGAGACAACCGACUAUCUGGACCAAUCACAGCCCGGCAAAGAGGCCGAGGACGUUGGGAUCAUCGACCUGGAAGCAGACCCCGCAAAGAUGACAGCUAUUCAGUACUUUGCCAGCCGCUCUGCAAGCCCCCUGCCCUCCCACUUGCCGGUCAAGAAGGCCUGGAGAGAGCGCCCUCCAUCGCGCGGCGGCAUUCAGCUGGAGCUCGCCCUCUACGGCAAGAACGCCACCAGGCCGCUCCCGUCAUGCCUCAGCCGCGCCGUCCUGGAGAACAACUUUCGGGACAAGCAACUGCAGGAUGACGUCAGGAGAGCUCAGAGAAUGCAUCUGGAGACUCACCUGAGUUCCGUCCGUAAUCACGGCAACAGGGCCCGGGCCAAGGCCAGGAAGCCAACCGCCGCCCAGUCUUGCCUGGACGCGUUCAUGCAGCACGAACAGAGCCGUCCACUAACCAAGUUUGGCCGUAAACUGCACAAGGUUUGCGAGUCUCCCGUGGAAGAGCAUACCGAACCAGAGCCUCAGCAGACCGACUGCAGUACGGCCGACGCCUCCUCCCCUGUGGAGCGCCCCGACUCCGUCUGUCGGGGCGAAUACGACUUCUACUUCUAGAUUUCUUUUUUUACAUUAGGGCUUUUUUGAACG